AGAGACUGACUUGAAGGCAAUGAAAAUUUGUGAACAUAUAUAUAUAUAUAUAAACGCAUAUUCUCAAAAAUAUUACAUUACCAUAGUAGAUUUGAAAUUAAAUAGUUGAUUUAUGAAACAUUCGUUAACCAGGAUGUUCAAGUUACUAAUAUUAUGGUUUACAUAUGUAUAUUUAAUUAACGCUGAAGACAGAACUGGAUGUAGAGUCGAUGUGAAUGCAGAGAACCAUACAGAUAUUUACUGUUUCAAUAUAGCAUUGGAUAAAAAUGAAAUUCCUUUAGAUAAAACUGUACCUCCUAGUGAAUUUUUAACGCUUCAUUUGUUUAGAUCAUCCGGAAGUAUCGACGAGAAUUCACUAGCAAAUUUAAGAGAUCUAACGACUCUAUCAAUAGAUGGUUCGCAUUUGGAUAAAUUUAUUCUUCCUGAAUUGCCUAGAUUGACGUACGUGGAAAUUCAGAGUUCUACCAUUCCCCAUUUGAAAGGCGCUUUCAAGAACGUUAAUAAUUUAACAAGUCUUUCACUAGGUGAAAAUACCAUAGAUAUUGACGAAGAUGAUUUAGAAGGAUUAAAUAACUUGGAGAGAUUGAAAAUUUAUAAAGAAAAUUUAACUUUGGGUAUUUUAAAACAUUUGAAAAAUCUUAAAGGUUUGAGAAUAACUCAUUGUAAUAUUGAAGAAAUUCCUAGUGCAGCUUUCGAAAAUAAUCCGAAUCUGGUUACUGUACAUAUUGGAGAUACGCCGGUUGAAAAAAUUGGAGAAGGAGCUUUCGAUCCUUUGAAAAAAUUAGAAACAUUAUGGUUAACUACGACAAAACUGAAAUCUUUCGAUUCCGAUUUAACAAAAGAAUUGAAAAAUUUGAAAGAUUUGGGAAUACCUGCAAGAGCAUUAACUAAUUUAAACACGAAGAAAUUGAUAGACAACAGCCCGAACUUUUCCAAAUUUGAUUUUCUAUUUUAUGAUACUCAAUGUCCAGAAUUACACAAGCUGGAAGGUGACCUUUCGAAAAUUAAAAAGGGUGUAUCGAUAGGAUUUUUGAGUGACUGGCGACACCCACAAAAAACUUGUACUUAGAUAAUAACAAAAAUGAACUUUCUGAUGGAAUACAUCAUUUUAUAAUAUUAUAAUGUUAUAAUGAGAAUCUUAAUAAUUUUUUUUAGUAAUAUAUUUUAUUUAUUUAAAAAUUUCUCACUUUUUUAAGGGUUUGAUAUCUAUUUGAUCUUGCACUUGAAAGUUUUUCAAUUUGAUACCAAUUUUUUGAGAGAGAAAUGUGUUUCUAAUCUGUUGAUAUUAUAUUUUAUGUUCCUGAUGAAUUUUUCAAAUGUUUCUUCAUCCAUUCUUAACUAAUUUUGCUAUGUUUUCUCGGCGAAUUCUCUAGUUAAACUGUCCAUCAGGAUCCAAAAGCAACGCAGCAGCAGAUGUAAUUAUUGCCAUUGAUGCACAGAUCAAUUUUUUCUUGAUCACUUGACUUAGCUUUGUUAUUUUAUUUUUGAAAUGUCAACAAAAUAUUAAAUAAAGUUUGAGAUAAG